GUCGGCGCUUGAUGAUGACAACAUAGAUGUCAAAUGUGGCUUUUCCUUAGCUAACAUGCUUCUACAAAGGCUGUAAACUUGAAUCAUGGCUUUAAACCACCUGAUGCUGCUGCGGCCUCUGCUGUGUCAGACCCUGGUGCGACAGCUUAGGUCUCCCCUCGUGGCGGCCUCUAGGAUCAGUACACCAUUUCUGUACCCCAACACCACCUGCCUCCCAGUUGCAUGCACCAGGCUCUAUGCCACCAAGAAGACAAAAGGCAAGGCAAAGGGCCAGUCAGCGAAGGUGAAUAUUAAUGCAGCUCUGGUGGAAGACAUCAUCAGUCUAGGGGAAGUGGAGGAAGACAUGACGGCUGUUGUCAGUGCACUCAAAGACGAUUUCACACGCAACCUCAGCAUCCGAACCUCGCCAGGAGCGCUGGAUCACAUCAUGGUGUCGACACAAGAUGGGAAAUUCCCUCUCAACCAGCUGGGACAGGUCUCCAUGAAAUCACCUCAGCUCAUUAUGGUCAACAUGAGCAGCUUCCCAGAGGCUACAGCGGCUGCCGCCCGUGCCCUGAGAGAGAGUAGCAUGAACCUUAACCCAGAGGUGGACGGGACGAUCAUCAAGGUGCCCGUUCCCAAAAUAACUCGAGAACACAGAGAGAACCUCGCCAAGGUGGCCAAACAGCUCAGCAACAAGGCCAAAGACUCUUUGAGGAAAGUGCGAUCUAAUGCGCUCACGCAGGUCAAAAGGAUGAAGGAGGGACACUCGGAGGACACCAUACGACUUGUGGAAAAACAGAUUCAGCAGAUGGCGGACAACAUUGCAGUGGACAUUGACAAGCAGCUUGCAGCCAAGACCAAGGAGCUGUUAGUCUGACUGCGACGAUUAAAAGGUUGUAUUUUUGACACCUACAGAUGGACACACAUAACAGAAGCAACAUGUCAUUCCUGUUUUAUUUAUUAUAGAUCAGUCGCGUUGGAAAGUUAGAUUUUGAAUCCCGUUCUCACAGUCGAAAAGCUUCACACAAACGAACGAGUCUUGGUCCUGUUGUACAUGUUAUGGCAGAAACUGGGCUUUGGUUCCUGCCCACAUCACUGGCAAAGAUCUGCUCCUCGCUGCUGGGUGAUAUCUGUGUUAAAACGUCAGUGCAUAAACAAAAAUUGGCACAGGAACAACAACAACAACGACAGACUGCCAGUCACCUCCCUCCUCCCUUGUUACUCCUCCUGUCUUCAAACAAACACUAAGCGAGGGACGAAUGGACUUUUAAUGGGAUUUGCGGGCCUCCUCCUAAUCAAACUCCUUGCCACAAGGGCAGUCUGUUUAUAUAAAACAAGCGCACCCGUCUGAAUGUAAACUGGCUGCGGGUUUUGUCUUGGUGGCAACAGCGGGAGAGAAAAGGAGAGAGGGUUUGUUCCAGAAACGCAGGAUAUGAUUAGCGUGUUGCCAAACAUUUGUUUUACAUUGAUUCAAAGGGGAAAAAAUGCUGUGAGUUUAAAAAAAAAACAAAAAAAACUUUUAAUUUCUGCCCGUGUCUACGUUUGAUAAUCUGGCUACUCUCUCGACAAUAAAGUCAGCAAAGUAACAUUAUUGAUGGACUCCAUUAAACUGCCUUGUACCAUG